AUGAGGCUGACAGGAACUUUAACAUCAAGGAACCUUUGUGUGGUGAAAUGGUGUGAGAACAAUCUGACCAGGACCACAACUGAAUUUGAACAAUACUGGAAGGCUCUCUCAGUGGAAGAUAAAAAGAAAUACCAUGAUCAAUCGGAACAAAUGGUUGCCAGAAAAUUUACCAACAGAUUAGAUACAAAAUACUGUGAACGGGUCAAAUUAGACAUUGAUCAGAAUGAUGGAAUCGACAGCGCUGAGAAGUCUGAGCAUACCUGGAGCAAUGAUCAGGAGGACACGUCUGAAGUGUCUGAAUCUUCUGAGCAGAGUGAAAGGGUUCACCAGGCCGUCCCGCGAAUUCAGCCUGGAUACACAGAUAGUGAUAGCCGGUACCAGCAAAAGUAA